AUGGAUUUACCACCAGGAUGUAAUUUAGCUCAUGACAAGAAGAAUCAAGUUUGCAAUGGGUUAAAACAAUCUCAUAGGGCAUGGUUUGACAGAGUUACUAAGUCCAUCAAGAAUUUUAGAUACACUCAAAGUAAUUCAAACCACACCCUAUUCUUGAAGCGUGAUGGAGGAAAAAUCACUGCAUUAAUUGUUUACGUGGAUAACAUGGUCGUAACUGGGAACGACACAAGAGAGCAACAAAAGCUACAAAAGUAUUUGUCUCAUGAAUUUGAGAUGAAGGAUUUAGGUGCUUUGAAAUACUUCCUCAGAAUUGAAGUAGCAAGGUCAAAAACUAGUAUAUUUCUAUCUCAAAUGAAGUAUUUGAUGGAUCUACUUACUGAAAUAGGAAUGCUUGGAUGUAAGCCUACUGACAUACCAAUUGAGAUGAAUCAAAAGUUGUGUGAAGACAUCGACCGAUUGCCAACCAAUAAGGAACAAUACCAGCAUCUUGUUGGAAGGUUGAUAUAUUUGGCACACACAAGACCUGAUAUUGCAUAUGUUGUGAGUGUGGUUAGUCAGUUUAUGCAUUUACCCAGUGUUUCUCAUAGAAAUGCAGUUGAUCGAAUCUUAAGAUACUUAAAGUCAACCCCUGAAAAGGGAUUAAUGUUCUCAAAGCAUGGAAAUCAUGAAGUUGUUGGAUUUACAGAUGCUGAUUGGGCUGAUUCCAUUACUGAUAAACACUCUACAUCAUGCUACUUUACAUUCAUUGGAGGUAACCUAGUUACUUGGCGGAGUAAAAAAUAA